AUGGUUGCCGGAAGGAAUGAUGAAGCUAUCGUUGAGGCAUUGGCAAUGUUGGCUGGCGCCAUUGGGCAAGGUCAGCAAGCGAACCUUGGGAACCAUAAUCAGGAUGAAUUCCGUGCUUUGGGAAAGUUUCAGAGGAACAAUCCGCCAACCUUUGAAGGAGCAUACGACCCUGACAAAGCACAGGCAUGGCUGAAAGCAAUUGAGAAGAUCUUUCGAGUCAUGAAUUGUACUGAUGCGCAGAAGGUGCAGUUUGGCACCCAUAUGCUUGAGAAAGAAGCUGAAGAUUGGUGGGACAACACUGUUCAGAGGUUUGAAGGUGAUGGGAUGGAGAUUACUUGGGAUCUUUUCAAGGGUGCAUUUCUGGAGAAGUACUAUCCAGAAGAUGUGCGUGGAAAGCAGGAAAUUGAGUUUCUUGAACUGAAGCAGGGUAAUGGAACCCUGGCGGAGUAUGCUACAAAGUUUGAGGAAUUGAUUAAGUUUUGUCCCCACUACAAUACUGCCGAAGCGGAGAGAUCUAAGUGUAACAAGUUUGUGAAUGGUUUGAGACCUGAGAUCAAGAAGGCUGUGGGAUAUCAACAGAUUAUCCGAUUUUCUGAUCUGGUUAACAGGAGUAGGAUAUAUGAUGAGGAUAGCAGGGAAAGUGCUGCUCACUACAAGUCUUUGAAAGAGAAGAAAGAAAAGGGGCAAUUCAGAGGGAAACCGUAUGGGAAUCCUGCUGAUAAGGGUAAACAAGAAGCUGGUCAUGACAAGAAGCCGAGUGGGGGAGGAGCUCCUAAUCCGGUUAGGUGCUACAAGUGUGGUGUUGAAGGACAUCGUUCUCCUGAAUGUCCCAAUUCAGAAGCAACAUGCUUUAAGUGUGGCAAGCUGGGCCACAAAUCCUUUGAGUGUCGAGAAGGUAAAACUGUGGCAUGCUACAAAUGUGGAGAGCAAGGUCACAUCAGUACUAAUUGUGACAAAUCCAAGAAGGAUCCUGCAAGGGGGAAGGUGUUUGCUUUAUCUGGUGCUGAGACUACUGCUGAGGAUAGACUAAUUCGAGGUACGUGCUUUAUUAAUGGUACAUCUUUGAUUGCCAUUAUUAUUAUGGGUGUGAUGCAUUCUUUAUUUCAUUGGAGCUUGAGAGUCAGAUGA